UAAAUAAGUUCACAUGUGGUGUUUUUUUAACCAGUCUGCAAACAAUCGCUGUUGAGGUUAGAAGUGAACUUUGAAAUGAUGCUUGAAAUUUCUUGCAUUCUAUUUUUGGUUGGAAGCCUUUUGGUUGAAACUGUUCCAGCAAACGUUACCAAUGGAUUUGGUUACGAAUUACUGUUGGCAAAGUUGGAUUACAUGGAUUACAAAUUUUUAGAACUUCAAGUGGAAGUGAAGGAACAAGGUGAGCAAUUGUUAUCCAAUCAAGAGAAGAACAAGCAGGAUUUGUGGGAACAGUCAAGGCAAAUCUUAGAACAGCAAAAAUUCUUCGCGAACCACGAAGCCUUCAAGCAGUUAAUCUUUGAGUUGCGACCACGAAAGCAUCCCUCAAACAACAGUUGGCUGAUAGCUGGGGGAAAAUCUACAAUUCACAAUGGUUUGGUUACGUCAAGGAUCACUUCCUGUAAGGACGAGCAGUCUAAGCGAUCUGGCCGUUAUAGGAUGGACGUUCCUGGGGUUGAUCCCUUUGAUGUUUACUGCGAGCAGCAGUUUUACGGAGGAGGAUGGAUUGUGAUUCAGAACCGAUUCAAUGGAUCGGAGGAUUUCUACAGGAAUUGGACGGACUACAAGAAUGGAUUCGGUAGUAUUGAUGGUGAAUUUUGGUUGGGUUUGGAGCAAAUUCAUGCGUUGACCAAAUCUCAACCACGUGAACUGUUGGUGCAUCUUGAAGACUUUUCCGGAAACGUAAAAUACGCCAGGUACAGUUCAUUUGCCGUUGGAAGUGAGGCUGAAAAGUACAUUUUCAAGACGUUGGAUGGUCACAGUGGCACCGUAGAGCAGCAGAAAUUCUUCGCGAGCCACGAAGCCUUCAAGCAGACAAUCUUUGAGCUGCGACCACGGAAGCAUCUCUCAAACAACAGUUUGAUGACAGAGAAGAUGUCCACAAAUCACGAUCGAGUGGUUCCAACCAAGAUAACUUCCUGUAAGGACGAGCAGUCUAAGCGAUCUGGUCGGUACAGGAUGGACGUUGCUGGGGUUGAUCCUUUCGACGUGUACUGCGAGCAGCAGUUUUACGGAGGAGGAUGGAUUGUGAUUCAGAAUCGAUUCAAUGGAUUGGUGGAUUUCUACAGGAAUUGGACGGACUACAAGAAUGGAUUCGGUAGUAUUGAUGGUGAAUUUUGGUUGGGGUUGGAUCGAAUUCAUGCGUUGACCAAAUCUCAACCACGUGAACUGUUGGUGCACGUUGAGGACUUUUCCGGAAAUGUAAAGUACGCAAAGUACAGCUCAUUUGCCAUUGGAAAUGAAAAUGAAAAGUACAUUUUCAAGACGUUGGAAGGACACAGUGGAACAUUAAGCGACUCCCUAGUUCAACAUAAGGGCAUGAAGUUCACCACUAAGGAUUCAGAUAAUGAUUCUCAUAGCUCAGCAAAUUGUGCAAAUAAUUAUUUUGGAGGCUGGUGGUAUACAGCCUGUCAUUCCAGUAAUUUGAAUGGUAAAUAUAAGAACGAAGAUAACUCCAUUUCGAUGUGCUGGUAUUCAUUUAAAAGCAACUACCAAGGUCUGAAGGUGUCCAAAAUGAUGUUAAAGUGAGAUAUUUAUGCUGAAUAAAGAGAUGGAAUGUGAUA